AUGGCCGUUCUGCUUUUACGCCCUUCGACGUAUCGCGUUCCACUAGUGCUUGAGAUAUGGGCUAUUGCGGAAACAGCCUUCUUCGCCUUGAUCUAUGUACCCAGAACUAUCGUGCUUCAAAGAGCAGCCACUCAUCCAGAGCUAUUGCCCCGGGAGCAGCGGCGAGAGCUUUUCAAACUCUGCCUGGACACCGUGGAAGACCCUGAAAAAUAUCUCUCGGGCUGGAUGAGGGGAGCCCCGGCAUCAGAGAUAAAACGUGAAAACGUGAAAGAACUCUUCUGCUGGGCUUUUCUCAACAAGAAGGAUCAUGGUCCGGAAGAUGACGACGAGCUGGAGGAAUACGCGGACGAGACGGAGCUAUGUCUGGGAAGAAGACUGGAGCCAGGGCGGGGAAACGCAGUCUCGUUGCGGGUGACCGUCGAUCGAUUUCAGAGCCUACACAGGUCCCUGCUCUGGUACUUUUGUGUCUUCUUUGUCGAUACAAUCACCUUUUCUUCCCUUAUCUGGAACUCUUUUCACUUUCAUAGUCUUCCUUUCAGUCAAUCCUUCGACGUGUUCCCGUUGCGUCCAUUCGGGUUGCUUAGCAAACAGAAAACCCCCGCAAAAACACUUACAUACUGGCAUCGACCCCACACAUCGAAGGCGAGACUACCCAUUUUGUUCAUACACGGAAUCGGUAUAGGCCUUUAUCCUUAUGUCAACUUUCUAAGUCAAAUCAACAAAUCGUCUAAUGGGCGCGACGAAGAUGGCGAUAUUGGGAUCAUUGCGAUUGAGAUUAUGAGUGUAUCCUUCCGCAUCACUGGUGCAGCCCUAGAAAAGGACCAGAUGUGUUUUGAGAUUCAGCAGAUUCUUCGGCACCAUGGUUGGCACGAAUGCAUACUCGCAUCCCACUCCUAUGGUAGUGUCAUCUCCUCUCACCUUCUGCACUACUCCGAAACCUCCCAGUUGUUCGGGCCAGUUUUACUCAUCGAUCCAGUCUCAAUCCUUUUGCACCUCCCGGACGUGGCUUACAACUUCACGGCCCGGAAACCGAUACGAGCAAACGAACACCAGCUAUAUUAUUUCGCCAGCAUGGACAUGGGGGUUGCUCAUACCUUAGGCAGGCGAUUUUUCUGGGCUGAGAAUAUCUUAUGGAAGCAUGACAUGGAUGGACGACAGGUGACCGUGUCUCUUGCAUCGCGGGAUCUCAUUGUCGAUACCGAGGCUGUGGGACGCUACCUAGCACAAGAUGGCAAUGGCAAACCGAAGAAAGAGGAGUGGAAGCAUCGGGAGUGGAAAGGGAAAGGAUUGGAUAUUUUGUGGUUUGACGAUUUGGACCAUGCACAGAAACUAGAAUGGCGAGAACGGUUCAUCGCCCCCGCAAUGAAUGGGCUUUAG